GUACCAAAAGCUAUGAGUUGCCUACCUAGACACCAACAAACGUGCGCGUUUGAAGACCAAAAAUGCUGACUAACUAGGGACCUCGCUAAUUUUUUUAGCCGGAGCCCUCGUGUCUUGCUCGCUGCUGGUUGCCAGUGUGUUUCGCGAUUUCGCGCUCUGAAUGGUAUUAUUUUUGCAGUAAUUUAUAGGUUCAAACGCACUCGUUUUUGGUACCACAAAUAUUAAUAUUCAUAAGGUCUUGUUCUUUGCUCUGACGGUUGAUUGUGGAGGGCAGCUGCGAGGACGAAUAUGUCUGGAAAGAGUUUUCGCGUUAGCGACGGAGACUGGAUUUGUUCCGAUAAGAAUUUGAAUGCGCUGUGUUUUACUGUGUACAUCACUGAAGCUUCUCGCCAUUGUUGAAAAGUGGGAGUGAGGUGUGGAAAUGUCAACUUUGCUAGGAGAACCAGUUGUAACCGAUGUGGCAGGGAAAAAACAGUUGAAGCAAAGAUGAUGAAAGCAGGGGGAACCGAGAUUGGAAAGACCCUGGCUGAGAAGAGCAGAGGUCUCUUCAGUGCAAAUGACUGGCAGUGCAAAACAUGUGGCAAUGUAAACUGGGCCAGAAGAUCAGAGUGCAACAUGUGUAACACCCCUAAAUAUGCCAAACUGGAGGAAAGAACAGGAUAUGGUGGAGGGUUUAAUGAGAGGGAGAACUUGGUGUACAUUGAGCGAGAGGAGUCUGAUGGAGAGUAUGAUGAGUUUGGGCGCAUUAAGAAGAAGUAUCGUGGGAAAAGCAAAAAUGAGAAUGAAAAGAAAGAGGAACCUAAGAAGGAUGAUAAUAACGAUGAUGAUGAUGACGAUGAAGAUGAUGACGAAGAUGGAGAUCUUUCAAAAUACAAACUUGAUGAUGAUGAUGACGACGACGACGACGAUGAUGAUGAUGAAGCAGAUUUGUCAAAGUACGAUUUGGAUGCCAAUGAUGAAAAGAAAGAGAGUCAGUCAGGCUCUUCGCACUCAUCCUCUCGCUCGUCCAGUUCAAGCUCCCGGUCUAGGUCCAGAUCCCAGUCCAGGAGCUCAUCUAGUUCCAGAUCUCGCUCUCGUUCCAGGUCCAACUCCAGAUCCAGCUCCAGAUCUGGCAAGGGCUCUACUUCCUCGAAGAAGAGGUCCCGUUCCCCAUCAUCAUCGCCUGAGAAAGGCCAGAAGAGGAGUCGCUCCAGGUCGUCCUCUGGUGACUGCAAAAAAAGACGUGCUCGAUCACAAUCGUCUGAAAGGUUUGGGUUUCUGUGGUGUACAAAAAAGGGGUCCUGGAUACCAGGCGUCCUUCUGCAUUAUAAACUGGGCUCUUAGAGACUGAUAAAACAGAACAUGUCUGAAAACAGCAACAAGCCAGAUUAUUUCCAAAAAUGUACAGUACAUUUUUUCACCUUUUUAACAAGAUCUUGAACCAAAUCACUUAAAUGGUUGUGGUCUUUCUCUUUGUCUCUUUCUUUCUGUCUCAUUGUAGGUGCAGAGGCUCAUCUGGAUCUUCCCACUCUGGCUCAAGCUCGAAACAGAAAUGAUUAACAAAAGAAACCUCUUUCUUAAACUGCAUGUUGUUUUUCCAACUCCAGUUCUUUUGUGCUAUAUCAGCUACCCAACUGUUUGAAUUCUCAUUAAUGAUUUCCAUCAAAACACUUAAACAUCUGUUCAAGUAACCUCUUCUCAAAAGUUUUCUGCCUUUAAAAAAGAAAUAUAUAUAUAUAUAUAUAUAUAUAUAUAUAUAUAUAUAUAUAUAUAUAUAGAGAGAUAUAUAUAUAUAUAUAUAUAUAUAUAUAUAUAUAUAUAUAUAUAUAUAUAUAGAUAGAUAGAUAGCCAAAUCUCUUAACCAUACAACUAGUGUAAAAUCUGUUUUUUGUUUUUGAUUUCCGGUUGGUUUAUAAAGCAGCAACAUUCAAGUCUGUGACUGUAAAUGGCACAUAAUCUUUUGGACGUCACCAUUUUUGUUGGGGAAAUUAUGCAAAUUAUAAUGCAGAAUUAGUUUAAUCCAUCCAUUCAUUGUCUAGACAGUAUUACAGUCAAAAUAACCCGUUUAUUAACAAAACAAUGUUGCUUUAAGGUAACUUACCAGAUGCUGGUUUUAUAGUUCUGUGAUGAGGAAAAGCUCGUAAGAAAUUUUGUUGGUUUAAACAUUACUUAACAAAGCCAGCAUUUUUAGGGUGUAGAGACCUUGUCCUCUGAGUUGUAACAUUGCCUCUUCUUAUUGUGUGUGUUACAGGUAAGUAUGUUUUUUAUAUAUAUAUAUAUAUACUUGUGGAGAUUUUCAAUUGGCCAGACAGAUGAAAUGAAGUGAAUGUUUUUUGGUUUAUUUUUGUUGAGGCUUUUUUUUUUUUUGUCUGAAUUUGUAAUCCUUAAUUUGAUGAUUUAUUACUUGUACUGUGCAAAGUACUGCUAACCUGAGUUGGUGGUUUGCUUAUCUCUUUACUAUAGUCAGCAAAUCAAAAUCAAAUGCAACAUUCAAACAUGAAACAUCCUCCCUGUCCUUACUGACAAGUAUCAUAUGAAACAUGAAAAUAUGCUGUUCAUUAAAACAACAUCUGUAAUCAACAUGAAUAAAACAAUUGUUAAUCUGUA